AUGCCGUCUCUUGGUACAAAACUUAAUGGAAAGAUCAGUCAAACCUCCGAGGGCGCACCAGACUUACCCGGAACACCAGUAGAACUCCAUCCCAUAAAGCCGACUCGCAGGACGUUGACAUGGCUGGAGAUCCCUGACUGGCAAAAAGAUAACGAAUAUAUCCUGACGGGGUACAGAAGGGUCCAGUCCAGCUGGCGGGGUUGUGCCGCUUCGGUUUUUGGAUAUUUGCAUAAUGAGACAGUAAACAUCCACAGCCACCUCGGGGGCGCGGUGCUUUUCGCUGCGCUGCUGUGCACGUUCCAGCAGGUGUACUUUGUCCACUACGAAUCCGCGACCGCAGUAGAUGUAGUAGCGUUUAUGAUCUUCCUUUCGAGUGCUGUGAUCUGCUUGCUCUCGAGCGCGUUCUUCCACACGUUCGCCGUGCACUCGCAAGAGAUAUCGUCUCGAUGUAAUGCCGUCGAUUACGGGGGCAUCGUCGUGCUGAUCGUGGGGUCGUUCAUUCCUUGCGUCCACUACGGCUUCUACUGCGACAAGUACUACCAAAUAUUCUACUCCUCGCUCAUCAUUGUCGCGGGUCUCGGUGCCGCCUACAUCGUACUCAACCCGGAGUACCGCAAGCCAACCCACAGAGGCGCGCGCACAAAGGUGUUCAUUGCACUAGGGCUCGCUGCCGUCUUCCCGGUCUCGCACGGGUUGGUCAUGCACGGCUUCGGCAGGCUUUGUUAUGAGAUGGGCUUCCGAUGGCUCCUCAUCUCCGGUUUCCUUUACAUCUCGGGAGCGCUGCUGUAUGCGAACCGUAUCCCGGAACGUUUUUCGCCAGGGACGUUCGACCACUUCUUUGCGUCCCACCAGAUAUUCCAUUUCCACGUUGUCCUGGCAGCUCUUUCGCAUUACGCGUGUAUCUUGACCGGGUUCCAUCAUUGGCAUAGUCGCAUAGGACAAUGUCCCAUCUAG